UGACUCACAGCAGUGCUGCAGCUACCAAUACAAGCCCAGCACCUCUCAAGCAGCGAUUGUAACAAUUCACUUUCUUAUGAAUUUGCUCCACAAAAAGCAGAUGAGUUCACUAAUCGCCUGUUGAAAUAUACAUCUGUUAUACUUAUUCAAAUUCACAACAUAUAAAAAGAAUAUAAAUAAUUUCUUUAAAAUGUUACUGGACGGUGAUAUUUUUAUCUCCACAACCAACACUUCAAGUCAAGAAAAUGCCAUAUCAACUGAAGCUCCACAGCCGAGCACAUUCAGUCGUGUACAAAACACAAUGUUACCACCCAUAAAAAAUGGGUCACUUUUCAAAAUUCCAUUCCCGUACUGGAUGUUUAUCUCGAGCGCUGCUGUAGCUGCUUUGUUUUCACUCGUCUGCUGCUGUUGCAUUUGGCAAAUCUGCUGCUCUAAGAAAAAAGAAAAGGAAAAAAAGAACACUUUAAAAUUAAAAGAGCCCAAAAAACCCAGGAUGUUCAAAAAUAAGGUGCAGCCAGACUUGGAAGACAUUGAUCCUGGCUUCAUUGAAGACAUCUAUAAAGAAAACACUCUUGGACGUCUGCAAUUCUCGCUGGAUUAUAACCUGAAAACAAGCCAGUUUACUGUGGGAAUCUUGCAGGCAACAGACCUCGCAGCGAUGGACAUUGGAGGCAUGUCCGAUCCAUACGUUAGAGUUUACUUACUCCCUCACAAGAAAAAGAAAUUUGAAACAAGUGUGCACAGGAAAACUUUGAACCCGAUAUUUCAGGAAAAAUUUACAUUUACGGUUCCUUUUGAAGAGCUUGUGGAGCGGGUGUUGGUAAUGGUGGUUUAUGACUUUGACAGAUUUUCCAGACAUGAUAUAAUUGGAGAACUGAGAAUACCUUUGAGCUCAGUGGAUUUAUCACAUUCAGUAGAGGAAUGGCGAGAUCUACAAAAAACUGAGAAAGAUGAUCAAGACAGAUUGGGAGAUAUUUGCUUUUCUUUGAGAUAUAUACCAUCAACCGGAAAGUUAACCGUUGUUAUUCUAGAAGCCAAAAACUUAAAGGUCAUGGACGUCAGUGGAGCUUCAGACCCUUACGUCAAAAUCCAAGUCAUGGAGGGAGGAAAAAGACUGAAGAAAAAGAAAACAACCAUCAAGAAAAAGGCACUAAAUCCGUACUUCAAUGAGUCGUUUUCAUUUGAUAUUCCAUUUGAGAACAUAGAGAAAAUCCAGCUGGUUUUCUCAGUGAUGGACUAUGACAGCCUGAGCCGGAAUGACGCGAUUGGGAAGGUGUAUGUGGGCUGUGGAGCAGCGGGCGCCGGCCACCGCCACUGGUCAGACAUGCUCGCCAACCCUCGCCGGCCCAUCACACAGUGGCAUACAUUGCAGCCUGUGGAGGAGGUCAAGGCCUCGCUGGGGAAGCUGGAUACUCCUCUACCAUAACAUCCGCAUCACCCACAUUAUGGUUUAUCCACUGGUUGACCUCUGUAGUCUCUCAACCUCACUUCACAUAUAUAGUAUAUCAUCCUUUAUACAGCGGCUUCAGGAGAAGGGAGCGCCGAAUUUUCAAAAACGCCGGAUAAUCACAACAUUAUUUAAAAUAGCGUAUUUUUGCACGUUCUUGUAUAGCAUGUUUUUAGGUGUUGUAUUUAUGCUUCUUGUGCUUUAAAUGUGUUCACUAUAUUAAAUUGGCAUAAAUAACCAUAUUGAUUUGAAACUUUCGUGACUGCAGGAAUCCAUAGUCUUUGGUUCUUUCGGUAAAGUCCUAUCUUACAGUUACAUGCUAAUUUUUCACAUUAACACCAUGCUAAUCUCUCACAUUAACAUGUCCACUUCCGUGCCCUCGUCGAAGAGGCCACUUUCCUAACUUACAGUUGCAUGCUAAUUUCUCACAUUAACAUCACUAGCCCCGGCGGACUGGUGCAGCCUUUGGAGCAGUUUUGCCGGAUCGACCCUGAACCGUCAGAAAAUGUUGCAAGCUGGAUAAUCACGCGCCAGAUCAUUGAUGAUCAACUGUAUAUACAUAUAAUUUCCUCUAAAGGAUUUCUGUACUUGUGGACUAAGGUUCAAAUUACUCAAAUUAAAUAAUAUCCACAUGAAGGAAUCACAUACUGUUAAACAUGUCACACCGUCUUGAUAUUAUUCUCUUUGGCUUCUAACCCAGAGACAAACCAAAGUAUCUUAUUUUCUCUGAUGGCUCAGAUGAUUCUAAUACCUGAUUCCAAAGAACACAGGAUGAGAUGUUACUAUCCUUUGUGCAAGCACUUCCAACCUUCCAGAGAAUAUGGCUUGAUAUCAGCCAUUUUAUGAUAUUUAACCUUUUCUUAUGGGAGAUGACCAUCUUAUAUUCAACAGCUUGUUGAAGGUUUUAUUUUACUGUUGUCCAUAAGUGUUUCAAAUGAAAGGGUCAAAACAUUAAUCUCGAUCGUGAAUACAUAAAAUAAAACAGAACAAUGUAUUGGCAACAUUUCCCCUCUUUGCACCAAAAACAGAGUUUUCUCAAUUGUUAAAUUAAACUUAUGAUGGGUGCGAUACACCAAAUAUUAAGUGUUAUUACAUAGUUAAUCAAUUCAAUGUUUUAGCAAUAUUUGUCAUAUGCUAUGACUGUAAUUGCUUAAAUAAUACAUACAUAUAUUCUGUGAUUAUACUUUCAAUAAAAGCAUAUAAAAUUAGUUUUUUGUAUGAUUGUAAUGAAAAUAGAUCCUGCAUGCAGUGUGAGGGGACUAGUGGCCAUGGGAGGUAAUGAC